CCCAGUUUUGCGACGGCUGUCACAGGCAGUACUUUUGGUAAAUUCAGUGGCUCUACACCGCACUAGCUGAGGGGUACAGGCACACGCUGCUGCUUUACAACCCAGUGGCAAGAACCAGGUCGUGACGGUAGCACUACAACUGCGCCUGAUCGAACUCCUUCGCCCUCUUGAACAUCAAAACGUCCAUAUCAUCACCUCUCACAAUUCAACAGGUUGAACCCUGCAUCGCACUUCCUACCUUACCUAUGUAAUCCCCUAGUGACGGCCUUGCUGUCACCGUCCUGCACAUGCACCCACCAGAAUACCUGCCUUCUGCAGCCUCCGUCGACGAUGCCAUUGUUUCACCAUCUCACACCCUCGCGUCUUCCAUCAUGGCGGUCACCACUACGUCUCUUGUCUUCAGCAUAGCCACAGCACCGUCGACCGUGUUACAGACCUCCUAUCUCCCUCUUAUGUCUCCAUCUUCCUCCUCGGUCGCGUCGGCGGCACUAUCCAACAAGGAAAAUACCGGCGAGUGCAAGUUACUGGGUCCAUUUGCGAUACUGGUACAAGGGGCGCUGGGAGCCCUUGCAUUAUCAUCAUUGGUGUACAAGAGAUGGAGGGAGAGGCCGCAACGGCCACUCAAAGUUUGGUGGUUUGAUGUCUCGAAGCAGGUGGUGGGAUCGAUCUUGCUGCACCUGGCAAAUCUUGUCAUGUCCCUCUUUUCCUCGGGACAAAUAGAACCAUACCUCGCAAAGACGGAUGCACUCGCAACAACCCUCGGGGCGGCCACGACGACAGAGGCCUACCAGCCUAAUCCGUGUUCUUUCUACCUUCUCAACCUGGCCAUUGACACGACCCUUGGCAUUCCGAUUCUCAUAGGCAUCUUGAAGGUGCUCACGAUAGUCGCCAGCUACACUUACCUGGCCAAUCCUCCCGAAUCCAUCAUGUCCGGCCAUUAUGGCACACCGCCCAAGGCGACGUGGUGGCUCAAGCAGUGCUUGAUUUAUUUCCUCGGUCUUCUUGGCAUGAAGACUUGCGUCUUUAUCAUUUUCCAGCUCUGUCCAUGGCUGGAACGCGUGGGGGACUGGGCGCUUCGCUGGACAGAAGGGAAUGAAGCGAUUCAGAUUGCUUUUGUCAUGCUCAUUUUUCCCUUGAUUAUGAAUGCACUGCAGUAUUAUAUCAUCGACACGUUCAUCAAGGAGAAGAGUCCCAGGGACGAGCAUGACCAUGAAGAGGGUCAUGACGACCGCGAGGAACACCAUGGCUUACUGGCGGAAGAGAACGCAGACCAUGGCGCCACUAUUGAGGAGGACGAGGUUUGCAAGGGAGAUGUUGUCGCCGGCUCGAAAUCGAAGUUCCCUCUGGCGAGCGUGUCGUUUGAUGCGGACAAAGAUGAUGAUGUCGAGCCCCCUCCACAAGGUGAAGCCAGCAGUCUUGCAGACCAUGCAGAGGAAGAGGCGGUGGAACAUCGUCCUCGAGUCUGACUGUAUUCCUUGACGUAUCUACGUGCAUGAAUUGAAAUUUUUACUCUCUG